AGACAAGCGUCCCGACAGAGGCAACGUAAUCUUGACCGCGAGACCAGACAUCGCUGUACGAAUUCCCGGUUGUAGCAGGAAUGACUGCCGAAGCAGCCCCAGCCUCAACCCUAGGCUUUGAGGGCCAGCUCCACGAGGAGUAUAUUGACUAUUCGGAGGACGAUUCGGCAGCUCCUGCCGUCGUCAUAGAAGGCGCCAACGUCACCUCAGUUCCCGCCGAUGCCCACUUCGUCGCUGAGGAAGCGGAAUACGUUGAAACGAGCACCUUAGAGCCGGAACACCAGACCAUCGACGAACAUGCCGAUGCAGAGACUGAUGCUAUUUCUGUUGCCGCCGAUGCAUCACUACAGCCCGGCGACCUAGACCCCACUUAUGGGCUUGAAGUUGAUGGCCUUGAUUCUGUUAGCGCGAUAGAAGCUGAAGACUCUUACGUAAACGAAGAUGAAUCUCUUGCCUACGCCGAUGUUGCCGAGCCCGAAGAUGGUUUGUUCGCUGAGAAUGAGAUCAGUUGGGAAGACGGUCCGGCAAACGAUGAGGACGUAGCCCAGGACGAGAAAAACGAGGGCGAGGACGACCAGGACGUGAACAGUCAGGACGAGAGCCCCAUCACCCUUGAGAAAGAGGAAUGGCAACUAGUGGAAGAGAAGGAAGGUUUCCCACAAAGCGGCCUGAGCCCCGCGAGAAAUGCUGGGGAACAAGAAGAAACGGAAGCCCACGAAGCCGACCAAGAGCUUGCGGACUCUUCAAAUAAUGCAGACAACUUGGACGCAAACCUAGACGUGUUUGACGUUAACGAUGCCGAUGCUGGUCUAGAUGAACAGCAAGCUGUCGAACCCCAAGACGAGGAAGUCAAUGACCUGCACGAGAUAGACUUCAACGACGGCAGCAACGUAGCAACCGUCGAUGCCGUAGUGGACGCCAGCGAUACUCACCCAGAGCAUCCUCCAGACCACCAAGAGACCGACGGCGAUUUCCCGACGGAACAGGAUGCUGAGGAUCAUCCCAUGGGCGAAGAUAUGGAAUCGCAGCCCGAGGAAGAGCUUGAGAGCAUCAUGGCCGUUGCCAACGCUGACCAGGUCAACGAUGAGGAUACCCAUGAUGAUGUCGUCAACACCGAAGACUACGACGCAGUUGCUGAAAACUCAUCUAUCCACGAGCACGUGGAAUUCGAUGACGAAGUUCUUGCCGACGCGCGAUCGUCUGUGUCGGCCGAGACGCCAACUAACGAAGAGAUGGAAAUUCCCGUCGUCACUGUCUCGUACAAGGGCAUCGACUAUCCUUUCUUCUAUGGGUCCCCGGACAGCCAAGGCAAGGAGUGUUUCUUCAAUGACCUGUCUCUAUUACACUGCAAAAUGGAGGGUGUAUUGGCAGGCUUCCGUCGAGAGCUUGCCAGUGAAUUGGGCCCUUUUGACGAGCUUGUGUUCCAAAUCGACGAGCUUGGCCUUGAGUUCACUGAAUCUAGCCAAGCAGAGGUCUUUUGGAACAUCACAUUGGGCCAGAUUAUUUCCGUGUUCGACUCACUGGUCAGAAACCAGAAUGCUGAUGCAUCCAAGCCCCUCUAUGCAUACCUGACAACGAGGCCUAAUUGCAAGAAGCGCUGGCUUUCGCUCGUUGACGAUGCCUAUAAUGGCAAAGGACUCGAUGAAAUUAGCUACUAUUUCGCAUCUCGCGCACAGAGCGAGGUGCCCGACAUCAUGGAUGAUGAGCCUGACCUGAUAGGAGAAGAAGAUAACGCCGAUGCUGCUGCGUGGCCGCAAUCUCCCGCCGAGAGCGGACACGGUGAGCACAAUUUGGAUGAUGCCGAAGGCGAGAAUGAGGAGAUCAACGAAGACGACGAUGUCGGCGAUGGCAUCACCGGGGAAGACGAUAUUCAGUCGCAGAACGCCACCGGGGAGGAUUCCUUGCAGCCAGACGAGAGCGCUAUUUCGAUGCCGGAUGUCGAGGCUACCAUGGUUGAUACCGAGGCUUCUUUGAUGGAUGAAUCCACCGCAGUUGCAGACAUGAGCGUCGUUGAAGACGCCGACGUGGAAGAUGCAACGGAGGAUCAGCAGCCCCAAGAGAAUGGGGAGGCAGCUCCAGAGAUCCAUGAAUCCGACCCACUCGCCUUGGAAACGCAGGAAGCUGCUGCUCUCAGCACUGCUGCUGACGUACAGAACAUAUUUGACGAUGCAGACGCAGCAAUCAUCGCAGAUCAGAUCGUCGACCACGCCAAUGAAAGCUCCGCAGAAAAGGUAACCCCUAACACCAGUGCCACGUCUACCUUGAACGGGGACGAAGAGGUCACCUACGAGAACGAACUUGAUCUGAACGCCGAACUACCUGAUACCGAGGACCUUGGACCUGAGGUUACCGUCGAAGACGAUGGUCUAGCAGAGAUCGACUGGAGAGAAUUUUCCGGGCAAGGGGAUGAUGAGAUUACCGUAGAGUCCCCUUCAGCCUCUGGCAAACGCCAGAGGUCGGAUGUGGACGACCUGCUGGAUGCUGAAGCUCAACAAGGUACGCUCAAGAGGCUCAAGAGAUGUUGAACAUAAUGAGCUAACUUGCUAUUAGACGUCAAGCGUCGUCGCCCAUGAGCUU